AUGGAUAUGUCGCCGUUCGUCGCGUGUCAAGUUCCUGCACUGAUGUUGCGUGCUUCGAUUGCCACCAUCGUAGCCACUAACAUCGCCAAGACUUCAUCGAUGGCUGAUGGCAUUAUCUACGUGGUCUUAAGGCAUAUACUUAAUCCGAAGGUCGGCAUGGAUGCCCUGCAGAUCACACUGAUUCUGCUACCGUUGUAUGCAGAGAGGGCCUAUCGCAAUGAAAUGUUCCCGAACACCAUCCCAGAAAUUCAAUUCCUAAAGUUUCUCGGCGUCAAGAAUCUUCUCGAGUUCAACUUCAUGGACCCUCAAACAAAUAUUAUAAAUUCGAUGUACCAACUUGGGAAAAUGUCUGAGUUCCCAAUGGAACCCUCCGUAGCCAAGAUGCUCAUUGUGUCCGCGGAGAUGAGGUGCUCAGCAGAGAUGUUGACCGUUGAGAGGAUGGAAGAGGCCAAUGUGGCACGGGAAAAGUUCAACGUACCAUGGAAGAACCACGGAAAAGACAUUGCUGCUGGCUAUUUCCACCAAUAUGCACGUGUGAAAGGCAUUGGACAGUAUGUGGAAAUACGCACUGGUCUGCCGACGCAUCUGCAUCCUACGAGUGCACUGAUGGUGGUCUUGGAUGUACGUGUUUCGCUGACGACGACGACGAUACCCCCACGUACGUUGUUUAUCACGAGUUGGUACAAGGACCCCGCGAUUGAUGCCAUGUGGCUAGCUGCCAGUGGGUUUGGUUCGGUGUUCCACUCGGUCAAAUUCAAGACCUUCGAUGAUCAAUUCUCAAGAAAAGCUGAAUUGGGAUCUCAGAUUGCGAAGCAAAAGGAAAUAAUAAUAAUACAGGCAGAGAAAGCUCUCGCGGUCAAAGUGUUGAGUGGAAGCAGCUCGAAGAUCAUUGUGCCUGGAACGCCGAGACAUCCCGGCAUUGCGGGCAGUCGCGCUGGUCAAACAACUAGGAGACGGGUGGGGAUAUGA